CACAGGCAAGGACAGGGGGACACAAGAGGACAAACACACAGCAUGUCACUGCUGCAGGAAAAGCUGAACCUGGAGACUUUAUACUCAUCCCACAGAUGCAGGAGCCUGUGAAGGUUGCCAUGGAUGACUUAGACCACAGUGUGCACAUAGCGGAGCGUGACUGGGACAGCUUCUAUAAGGAGAGUGAGGAAUGCUCUCUGCCACAGCCCGAGCUCGCAAGCUCAGACGACUUGGGCCUCAGUGAUGAGGAACCAGAGGAUUCUGUGUGUCCAGUGUUUCCGGCCUUAGGCAAUGUCCAAGAUGACCCCCGGCAGCAGAAUGCAGCUCCAAACACUGCCAUCCCAUCUGAGCUCAGUGUUAAGGAAGAGGCUACCCUCAGAGAGGAUUUCAUCUGUACAGACCUGCCUGUAAAGAUUUGUGAGAGUGGCUCUGAAGAAACACAACUAAAUGAUCCAUUGAGCUUAACUGAGGAAGAGGGUGGUGCUCUCUUGGACAGGGUCUUUGACAACUCCCCCCAUGCACAGAAAGAAUCAGAUUCUGGCUACUAUGGAGAAAACAGAGAAUCUGGCUACUUUGAAGAAAACAGCCUCACCACAGAGUUGGUAAAAGAAACCCCAGGAGAGACUGCUGAGCAGAACACAGAAGAGACCUCUAGAAACCAGGACGUAACAAAAAAUCUGGGUUCAGUUCCAGAAUCUUCUAGCAACACGUGCAUAGCUAACAGUGACCCCUCUGGGGCCUGUGAUGUCUCAGAUAUCAAAGGAUUCGACAGAGAGCUGCCAAGCGAAGGUGGCACUGGUACAUUACAUGACAUCUUAACACCCCUCUCCCUACAGCCUGUUCCACUGCCACCCCAAGACCUGUAUCCAGGCCAAAAUAUCAGCCAGGAGCAGCUGUUGUGCCACACAGAAACAGCUAUAUUAUGCGAGAGACACGCCAGAGUGGCGCCAAGGGAAGAAAAAGAGCGCUGGUUUGUGACCGUGAACGAAAGUCCAGCGCCUCACAGAGUGCAUGCUGCCACCGCGGUGAGAAAAAAACGAAGAAAAAAAAAAACUUGUAGGAAUUCAGUCCCACGGGGCCACCACACCUCAGAGGGGCCAGACCCUCCCCCUGAGAGUGAGUCAGAGAUAGAUGUAGACGUAAUGGAGGAAUCUAACGGACAGGAGACCAUGAAUGAGUUUAGUACCCAGUCAUGCAAUAAGUCAAAACCACUGACAGACACACACACGUUGCCAAAUAAUUUUCGUAGAGAAGUCCAUAUCGAGUUUCCCAAAAUAAAUGUGAGCUAUUCAGAGUUACCCCCUCUCUUUUCAGCAUUAAGCUCUUCAUCAUCAUUCAGUGAAGAAGUGAAUGUUUCUACAGAGUCGCCCCUUCAGAGGGAUGACUCUACCGAGGCGCUCGACCCAGAGUCAUCUAUAGAAGAAAACAAACAGGAAAAUUACAGCUCAGCCGUUGGCUUAAAAAGGUCAGUAGACCAUCCAUUAUCCAAACUACAACACCUAUUAUUUGCACUUCACUGCUCUGAGUCUGCGUACUCGAAUGAGGAAGGGGAACUAUUUUACACCACCAGCAUCAGCUAUGAUUCUGAAGAGGAGUAUGUCUCAGCCACAGAAAUGGAGGAUACUAACACACCUUCCAGUGAGAUAGAUUCCACUCUCUCCGCCUCUCUUUCCCUACAAACCCAUACUGCUAAUUCACAGCCACUAAUUCAGGAAGACUGUCUAAAUUUCCCCUUGUUGUCACAACGUGAAGGUUAUGAAAACACAGCUGACCAGGCUUACAUCGAGUCUGUCAGAACAUGUCCCUCCACUGGUCACAGUAACAGUAACCCUAUAAUGUCAGAGGAAAGCUCAGUGCCGGCUGAUUCAAACCACAGCCCUGACUCCCACAUGACUAAUGAGACACCAGCACACAGAGUUGGUAAGCCACUUACAGUCUGGGAACAUUUACCACAGACGAACACUUCGGAAGAUCAACCUCCUCUUCCUCUUCCCGAAGUAACAGUGACACCAACAGAAAACCCUGAAACAUCGUAUAAUGCAUCAGACCCCACUCGCCCAGUGUAUGCCAUCUCUGCUUUUUGGGAUGAAAUGGAAAAAUUGACGAUUAAAGACAUCUUGCACCUCAGGGUAUGCAGAAGCCCAUCUCCCCCGAAGGAGACCCUCCAUCCUCAGGAAUCUGACAGUGCACGUGUUGAUGUCACAGUCACAGACGCAGACAUGCUGAACAGUUCCCUGACUGAUAUUGAGGAAUACUAUUCACAAGACAGCUUACUAAUGGACACUUCCGAUACUGCAGACUCUGACUAUUUCACACACAACGAUGACUCCCCCAAGCCAGACCGCUCGAGUUGCGAGUUCUCUACCUUCUCCGAUUUUGACGAAGAGUACAUACCAUUUUUCAGCACUAGCUCAAUCCCCAGCCCUGAGCUUGGGAACUUCGAACGGAGAAGAUCAGAGUCUCCCUGCUCAGGAGCCAUCUCACAGGAGGAUGAAACAGACUCCAGUACUGGCCUGACCACUCCUGUUGACUGUGAGGAGCUUGCAGCACUAUCCUCCUCCUCUGAAGACAGCAUCCCCAACGAAGACAGCAUCUCCAACACCAGCCUCCUCCCAGAAGCUACAUGCCUGAAAAGGAUCAGGAAGAGCAGAAGCAUGCUCAACAUUGUGCAAGAUCUGGAGGUAGCUCAAGUAGAGACGCAGCUGAAAGACAUGCACAAUGCCCAAGCUCUGGAUGUCGAGAAGCAACUGAAAGACAUGUGCAAUGUACAAGCAGCUCUGGAGGUCGACAUGCAGCUGAAAGACGUGCACAAUGUACAAGCUCUGGUGGCAGAGAUGCAGCUAAAGGACGUGCCCAUUGUACAAGGUCUGGAUAUAGAGAUGAGGCCAAAAGACAUGUGCAAUGCCCAAGCUCUGGAGGUCGAGAUGGAGCUAAAGGACAUGCUCGAGGAAGCCGAAAAGAGCUUAUUUCUCAACAGCUGUCAGGACUUAGACAUUGCGGAGAAUCCUGUUCUUGCAGUGAUUGAUAGAAUCAUCCGAAUGCCCUCCCCAAUUCUACCCAAUACAGACAUACUGGACGAGCGCUACAGAAUCACCUUUCCAGAACUAUACGAGUACCUGUUCACAGAGGAUGUCCUCUCUGUCUACAAGUCCCUUUUGUCUACGUCAGUGGCUGAGUGCUGUUAUGAGUACUCUCUCUCUAAGUACGGAGCUGGAGUGUUAUUCCCUCCCCUGGUCCAGCAGUCCCUGCAUGGUGAAGGAGAACCAGUCCCCAUCUUCUCCUGCUCUCGCUCGGCUGCACGAGACCUCAGGUCCCCCGAACUGGAAGAUUUUCUCUUCCCACAACAAGACACAUAUCUCGAAUCCGAGGAGGAUGACUGCUCCCCUAUCCGAGUGGUGACUCGCUCCGACAUCCAGGCCAAAGAGGCUGUGUCCUUCUCCUCGUCCGCUUCUGCAGUCCCAGAUGGUUACCCACCAAACACCCACUUCUACAGCCAGAGAGGCUGGACAGGGAACUGGAAGAGUCUGCUCUCCCUGAGGAGGAUCCGCUUCCCAGGAAUGGGCAGCACUAGCAGUAGCUGGUGCUGGAGGUCUGGUGCCUGGAUGUCUCCACCUGUGGGUCAGGCUCAGAGGGCUUUUCCCCCUCCCAUUACACCGAGCAGCCAAGCUGAUACAAUUGUCAAUGAGGCAACCAGGAUCUCCCCUCCUCCACCUGAGGUCAUUCAACUCGGACACCAGAUCUUCAGACAGCUUUCAGAGAAGCAGAGACGAUUCAAAAGCCUACAGACAACCGUCUCAGUGUCAAAAAAAGAUGGCAUCCUCUUCUCACUGAAGCAGUCUGACAUGUGUCUGGUCUGUAUUGCCUUUGCCUCCUGGGUACUGAGGUCAGCAGAUCCAAUGGCUACAGAUACAUGGAAAGCAGCUCUGCUGGCAAAUGUGAGUGCCAUAUCUGCCAUCCAGUAUCUUCGGCGCUACGUGGUGAAGAGAAGGGAAGCUGGAGAUCUGAAUGAUUCAACUGAAGAUAAGGCAUGAUAUAUAGCUAUUGCUUCUAGAGAAACCUUUCCAGACAUUUUAACUUGGGUCCAUAGGAGUGUCAUAAGAGUUUCAUACAACGUAGAAACACGAACAACCAUUUACAGUUGAAGUCGGAAGUUUACAUACACCUUAGCCAAAUACAUUUAAACUCAGUUUUCACAAUUUCUGACAUUUAAUCCUAGUAAACAUUCCCUGUCUUAGGUCAGUUAGGAUCACCACUUUAUUUUAAGAAUGUGAAAUGUCAGAAUAAUAGAAGAGAAUUAUUUAAUUCAGCUUUUAUUUUCUUUCAUCACAUUCCCAGUGGGUCAGAAGUUUACAUACACUCAAUUAGUAUUUGGUAGCAUUGCCUUUAAAUUGCUUAACUUGGGUCAAACUUUCCGGUAGCCUUCCACAAGCUUCCCACAAUAAGUUGGGUGAAUUUUGGCCCAUUCCUCCUUACAGAGCUGGUGUAACUGAGUCAAGUUUGUAGGCCUCCUUGCUCACACACGCUUUUUCAGUUCUGCCAACAAAUUUUCUAUAGGUUUGAGGUCAGGGCUUUGUGAUGGCCACUCCAAUAUCUUGACUUUGUUGUCCUUAAGCCAUUUUGCCACAACUUUGGAAGUAUGCUUGGGGUCAUUGUCCAUUUGAAAGAACCAUUUGCGACCAAGUUUUAACAUCCUGACUGAUGUUUUGAGAUGUUGCUUCAAUAUAUCCACAUAAUAUGCCUUUCUCAUGAUGCCAUCUAUUUUGUGAAGUGCACCAGUCCCACCUGCAGCAAAGCACACCACAACAUAAUGCUGCCACCCCUGUGCUUCACAGUUGGGAUGGUAUUCUUCAGCUUGCAAGCCUCCCCCUUUUCCUCCAAACAUAACGAUGGUCAUUAUGGCCAAACAGUUCUAUUUUAGUUUCAUCAGACCAGAGGACAUUUCCCCAAAAAGUACUAUCUUUGUCCCCAUGUACAAUUGCAAACCGUAGUCUGGCUUUUUUAUGUCGGUUUGGAGCAGUGGCUUCUUCCUUGCUGAGCGGCCUUUCGAUAUAGGACUAGUUUUACUGUGGAUAUAGAUACUUUGUCCUGUUUCCUCCAGCAUCUUCACAAGGUCCUUUGCUGUUGUUCUGGGAUUGAUUUGCACUUUUCGCACCACAGUACGUUCAACUCUGGGAGACAGAACGGGUCUCCUUCCUGAGCCUUAUUACAGCUGCGUGGUCCCAUGGUGUUUAUACUUGCGUACUAUUGUACAGAUGAACGUGGUACCUUUAGGCAUUUGGAAAUUGCUCCCAGGGAUGAACCAGACUUGUGGAGGUCUACAAUUUGUUUUCUGAGGUCUUGGCUGAUUUCUUUUGAUUUGCCCAUGAUGUCAAGCAAAGAGGCACUGAGUUUGAAGGUAGGCCUUUAAAUACAUUCACUGGUACACCUCCACUUGACUCAAAUUAUGUAAAUUAGCCUAUCGGAAGCUUCUAAAGCCAUGACAUCAUUUUCUGGAAUGUUCCAAGCUUUAAAGGCACAGUCAACUUAGUGUAUGUAAACUUCUGACCCACUGGAAUUGUGAUACAGUGAAUUAUAAGUGAAAUUAUCUGUCUGUAAACAAUUGUUGGAAAAUUAACUUGUGUCAUGCACAAAGUAGAUGUCCUAACCGACUUGCCAAUACUAUAGUUUGUUAACAAGAAAUUUGUAGAGUGGUUGAAAAACGAGUUUUAAUGACUCCAACCCAAGUGUAUGUUACCUUCCGACUUCAACUGUAUAUCUCAAUCACAGUAGUAAUUGCCAUUGCAUUACACCGUUUUUACUGGCAGGACAGUAUAAGUAAAGUUAAUAAGCAUUCUAAUCCACAUAGGGGCAGUUUUCCGGGUACAGAUUAAAUCUAGUCCGGGACAAAGAAAAGCAGGCUCAAUGGAGAAUCUCCAUCGAAAGUGCUUUUUAGUCUGGUACUGGGCUUAAUCUGUGUCUGGGACACAGGCCACUAAUGUUUUAUUCAACAGGAAGCUUGAGCUGGUAAAUGAUAUUAGAUUUUGACAGUGAGACAUUACCUAAAUUACGAUGUUCAGUAUGCAAAUAUUUCUCAGACAGCAUUAAACACACCUAAAUAGCAGGGAUAAAAAUGUUCUGGGUGAACGGAGGUUGAUGUGGACCAUAGAGACUAAUAGAGACUGUGCAGUAUGUCAAUGUAACUUUACAGUAACAUGGUAAGCAUGACUAUGUGGUGCCUUCAUGUAAUAAAACAGAGUAUUUGGGUCUUGUAAAAAGCAUUUGUUGUGAUUAAGUCAGUCAGCACGAUCAGUUCCUACAUUUUAUCAAGAGAAUUUGAAAGCUAACCAUAGUGUCUAUUUUUGACAAAUGUGCAAAGCAAAAUUAACGCAAUUUGUAUGUAGAAAGUCUAUGUGGAGAAAAUGGAUUUGUCAAGAGUUACGUGUAAGUCAAAGAUGUCAGUCAGCCUGGUAGGUUUGUGUUGAUGCUCGGAGAGAGGCUACAGCCUACAGUAUAUGUCUUUGCUUUGUCAUGCAUGCAAACGGGAGAAACGUGCUAAAUAUUCUGUGCUUGCAAAAAGGGAGAUGUGCAACAUUUCAUGUGAAUGUACAUGGUCAACGUACGUAUCGUUUAUUGCACAUGGUCAACGAGGUAUAGUUUAUUGUACAUGGUCAACGUACGUAUAGUUUAUUGCACAUGGUCAACGUACGUAUAGUUUAUUGUACAUGGUCAACGUACGUAUAGUUUAUUGCACAUGGUCAACGUACGUAUAGUUUAUUGUACAUGGUCAACGUACGUA